GACUUCCGUGUUGGCGGGAUUCUGAACGCUGCCAUGGCUCAGACCGUGCAGAACGUUACAUUGUCGCUCACUCUGCCCAUCACGUGCCACAUUUGCUUGGGCAAGGUACGCCAGCCUGUCAUAUGCAUCAACAACCAUGUAUUCUGUUCCAUUUGUAUCGAUUUGUGGUUGAAGAAUAAUAGCCAGUGUCCAGCUUGCCGAGUUCCCAUCACGCCUGAAAAUCCUUGCAAAGAGAUUAUCGGAGGAACAAGUGAAAGUGAACCUAUGCUAAGCCAUACAGUGAGGAAGCACCUUCGGAAAACUAGGCUUGAGUUACUCCACAAAGAAUAUGAGGAUGAAAUAGAUUGUCUGCAGAAAGAGGUAGAAGAGCUGAAGUCUAAAAAUCUGAGCUUGGAGUCACAGAUCAAGACUAUUCUGGAUCCUGUAACUUUGAUGCAGACCAGCCAGAGUGACAGCAAACCUCCAGUUGCAGAUAAUGCAAGUAAAAUUGACCCAGAAACUGUAGCAGAAUGGAAGAAAAAACUCAGAACCGCUAAUGAAAUAUAUGAAAAGGUGAAAGAUGAUGUGGAUAAGUUAAAGGAGGUAAAUAAAAAAUUGAAAUUGGAAAAUGGUGGCCUAGUGAGAGAGAACUUACGACUGAAAGCUGAAGUUGACAACAGAUCACCCCAGAAGUUUGGACGGUUUACCGUAGCUGCUCUUCAAUCCAAGGUAGAACAGUAUGAACGUGAAACCAAUCGCCUCAAGAAAGCCCUAGAACGAAGUGAUAAGUAUAUAGAGGAACUAGAAUCUCAAAUUGCACAGCUGAAAAAUUCAAGUGAAGAGAAGGAAGCUCUGAAUUCCAUUUGCCAGAGAGCACUUUCUGCAGAUGGCAAAGGCAGCGAGGAGGAUAUGACAUCAAAGAAUCAAGGUGAUGGUGCCAGAAAACAGCUUGGCACAUCCACCUCCAGUUCUCACCUGGCAAAGCCCUCUAGCAGUUCUGCCAGGCAGGAAAGCACCAGCAAGACAGAACCAAAUAGUUGUAAGAACAAAGACCUCUAUCAAAAGCAGGUGGAAAUAAUGUUAGAUGUGACAGAUACAAGUAUGGAUACUUACUUGGAAAGAGACUGGAGUAAUAAGCCAAGUGACUGUGCACUCUACAAAGAUGAAGGACUCUAUGACCUCCCAGCUCCUUGCACUCCUUUGUCCCUCAGUUGCCUUCAGCUCAGCACUCCAGAAAAUAGAGAGAGCUCUGUAGUCCAAACAGGAGGUUCCAAAAAGCACUCAAACCACCUCAGAAAAUUGGUGUUUGAUGAUUUUUGUGACUCUCCACAUGUCUGUAAUAAAGAUUCUUCAGAAGAUGAUAGAAGUGAAAAUGAAAAGAAAUCAGAAUGUUUUACUUCCCCCCAAACAGGAUUUUGGGAUUGUUGCACCACAAGCUAUCCCCCGAGCUUGGGGUUUGAAAGUCCUGAGGAGAACACGAUAGCAAACUCUGUUGGAGAAAUUACAUCAAAGUUGAAUGAGAAGUCAGCUUCAUGUUCCUCUAAGAGGCUGAAUUCUAUUCGCUCUUUCGAAAUGAAUCGGACCAGGACAUCCAGUGAGGCAUCGAUGGACGCGGCCUACCUUGACAAGAUCUCGGAGCUAGAUUCAAUGAUGUCAGAGUCAGAUAAUAGCAAGAGUCCGUGUAACAAUGGUUUUAAAGCAACAGACUUGGAUGGGUUGUCAAAGUCAUCUCAAGGUAGUGAAUUUCUUGAGGAGCCUGAUAAAUUGGAAGAAAGAACUAAGCCAAACCUUUCCAAAGCUUCUCUAACGGCUGAUCAGUUAGAGAAUGGCAAUGAAUGGAAACCCAGUUCGUUUUUUCUCCUCUCCCCAUCUGACCAAGAGAUGAAUGAAGACUUUUCACUCCACUCCAGUUCUAAUCCAGGGACUACUGAAAUCAAACCCCCCGGCUGUUUGUUUCAGACUGAGUUUUCUCAGGGUGUUUUGUUAAGCAGUUCACACCGGCUAUUUGAAGAUCAAAGGUUUGGGUCAUCUUUAUUUAAGAUGUCUUCAGAGAUGCACAGCCUUCACAACCAUCUUCAGUCUCCUUGGUCUACUGCCUUUGUGCCUGAAAAGAGAAAUAAAAAUGUGAAUCAAUCAACAAAAAGAAAAAUCCAGAGCAGCCUUUCCAAUGCCAGCCCAUCAAAAGCAACUAAAAGUUGACUCAUUUUCAGAAAGUGUCAUUGAUGUUUCUGUCCUGAGGUGAAUAUAAGUUUCUGAAGUUACUGUUUCACCCUCAUCAAAAUUCUGUACAAUUUGGAGUUGAUAACCUUUUUCAAGUUGUCAAGUCACAGGGAUGGGUUAGCCUAUACUCAGAAUACUGUUGUUCCUUUUCAUUAGGGAUCUUUUUGACCAAGAAAGGUAGGGAAAGGGUUUCUUUUUUAAUGAGUAUAUGUUUCUGGCUUUGGGUGUAUUUUGUUCUUUUGAAUGCUGACCAUUUCAUGAGCCUGUUGUGCUCAGAACUCAGAUUUCUCAAAUAAAACCCGCAGUGUUUGUCUGUUCGCUGUUCUUAAGUUUGAGUUUCUUUACAACUUUUCCUAGGAUGGAAAUUAUGUUUGCCUGUCCCUUUUUAUUUAUGCUUAGUUGUGGUCUAACUUUUAUGUAAAGCCAUGAUGGAGAAAUAGCACUCUAAUCUUAGUCCGCUGUUCUUUUACUAUUUUUUUUUUAGGUUUUAUUACGUGUUUGCAUCUUUAACAUUGUGUGUUGGUUGACCAGUGUUUGUAAAAUUGUUUUUGUUAAUAUGAAAGAAUACAUUUUCUGUAUGAAAAUAUUUGUUUCAUGUCAGGUAACUUUAAUUUACUUCCCUUUUAUGUGUGUUCUAAAUGGGAAAUUGAAUCUUCUUGAGAAAGGAGGCCUGGAACAGUUGGAUUUGGAGGAAGCUACACACACAGAUUUGUUGUUCCAGACACACAGGUGCAGAAGCAACUCAUUUCUAAGUUUCUGAUCCACUUACAUCCCAGAGAUGCUUUUUUUUUGGAGUGAUAAAGUUCUUGUUUGCAUGUUAGUGUUCUUUCUGAAAACUCUGCAUGAUGGCAUUCUUGCUUGGACUGUUUUCCUUACUUAUGAAAAAAAAGUUUCAGUUGGCUAAUAGAAUAUCAUUUAUGUAGAACAAUUUUUUUUUUUCAUGAAGAGUGUGGAGAGGGGUUGAGAGUAGGUGACCUAAGCACAAUUUUUAAUUUACGCUCUGAGAAAGUAUAUUCUAAACAUGUUUGGUAUGCCUAUAUAGGCCUUUAAAAGUGGUUUGUAUGCUAAUGACUUGUUUAUCUAAUGUGCACUGAACAUUUUACAUUAAUACUGUACUGUUUUACAUUAAUACUGCAUGCUUUUCUAUGUGAACUGAAUAAAGGAUGUCUUAAGCACUGUAGUCA